UACAUGAGAAGCUGCCAUAGGAUGGAGAUAUUUUUGCAGAGUCCUGAGUGGCUUGAGUGAAUGGAAGGAAUAAGGGGCCCUUUGGAUGCUGCUACUUUAUUGUUGAUGUAAGAAGCAUGGUGAAACCAGUGAUCAAAGUCACGGCACUAACCAAGACAUCACAAGCAUAGCUUGCAAGUGUCUUUACUGAUCGAGAAGCUAAAAUUAUUUUCUGCCUAUGAAAAUUGGAAAAAUGUUCAGAAACCACUAUCAGGGGGGCCGGUUUGUUGAAAUAUUCAGUGCUCAAGGCAAGAACCCAGGAGCAAAAUGGAAGAUUUUUGGCAACCCGUCAGCUAUAUCAAAAGAAUACGACAAAGAACUAAAAGGCUUUGUUUUUGUACUUGAAGGAAACAGUCUAAUCAACAAAAUGAAGCUACCAAGGGAAACCAAACAAACUUUGGGACUGGUGCAGCAAUAUCUGACACUUCAGAUUUUUGUGCCAUUGGGAAAAGACUUCUCCACUGAGUUACUGAUAACUGAUUUUGACAAUAUUAAAAGAAGAUUGUAUUUGUCAACGGUCCACAAGGAGUUGUCUGUAACCUCUCUGCAUGCCAAAAUUCCUCUGUUUAUGAUCAAGCGCAAAAUUUGGUGCAAUAUGUGUAUUGACUUGGUAACGUUUACCUAUGAAAUAUUCAGAGGAGCUCUCUUCCAGUCCUUGGAUGGAAUUACUAUUUCAGCCAACUGUAAGCUAAGAAAGGUCUUCACUUUAAAAGUCAAGCCUCAAGUUACAGCUGAGGAAGAUGGUACAUCCAUUGUUACACCUGGGCCAUAUGAGGCCUCAGAUGAUAUUCCUCCAACCUGCCAGCUCAAUUCUGAUGUCCCACAAGUUACACAACUGCUGGAUCUAAAUGAAAUUCACAAGCCAAAAAUAAAAUGUAGGGAAAAGGCAGUGCAAGAAACAGGUAUCUUGAGUAAUAGAGGCCAAGGCAACAUAUGCAACGGUAAAACUCAGGAUGUAUCACAUAUUGCAUUUGGGUCAAAGAUCCUUGGGCCACCUCCAUCUUCAAACAGAAGAACCAAUGCAAAGGUCCCUGGAAAGGUAACAAAGACCUUGGGUAGCAAAACAUCAUGCCAACUUCAAAAUUCAGGAAUGCCCACUGAAACCAUACCAGAAAAUGAGAGGUUGGAGCUACCACUGUGGCCAUGCAAUGAUACUUUAGAUCAAGGAGGCAAAAGAAGUACUCUCCAAACAACUGCAAAUGAAUAUCAAAAUGACCCUCAAAUUCAGACUCAGAAAACAUCUGUAAGUGGAGAAGGAGAUUUUCAGCUCACCUCACCACAAGUACCAUCACCAGACAAGGACAGUCAAAUAAGAUUAUCUCUAAAAAAUGCAGCCAAAUCCACAUGGGAGAUAACCAAUGAUACAUGGGUGUUUCCAGAGAGGUUCACUGAGAGCAUUCAGUUGGAUAGGAAGGAGCACUUUGAAGCUACUGGAAGUUCAGCCUGCUGUAAUUUACCCUCAGCCCAGAAUGCCUCUGUUGAACCUCCCAAGAGGGAAACAGCUGAUCACCAAAGGAGUAAGAAAGAGGUUUUCACAUUUUCAUCCAAACCUCGAUCAGCUCCUUACGGAACGUCUCCCAGUAUAUCCCCAGAAAGUUCCAUUUCCCCAUUGGAGUUGGAGCCCGACAGUAAUGGAGAACAGGAGCAAACCAAAACUGAAGAUAGCUUUGAAGGAACUGACAGCAGUGAGGAGGAUGACAACAGUGAACUCAUCCAGAGUGCUGAGAACAUUGAGAACAGCCACAGUAGACAAGGAACAUCUGAUUCAGCAGUUUUUAAAGAGACCCCAUUAAAUAAGAUGUCACAGGGAAAUGAAUACUGGAAGAAUAAGGAACACAGCAAAUAUAACUUUGAAGAGGCCGUCUUACCAAAACCACAGAGUUCCACCAUGACAAAAACAGAAUCUAUUAGCUUUCAGAUGAGUUUAAAGCCUAUCCUUUCUCUUUCUCCGAUUCAAAGUAAAUCCAAAUCCUUUAGAGUAAUUAGAAAUGUAUCUGAAGAAACUGAAAGAUAUGAAGGAGUUUCAGAUCAAUUCGAAAGAUCUGUCAGUAAAACAUCUCUCAGGAAAGUUUCAAAUGGAAAUUCAUGUCUGACAGCGCAGACUUGUGAGUAUGACAGGAAAAAGUACCAGUCAAAUAGACUGAGUUCAUCUGAACUACAGAUGCUGGCCAGCAUGAAGAGACAACAAAAUGAAGAAUUAUGGGAUGCUGGGAUUUCCCAUGGGCUGAGUGCCACACAGAUCGAUUGCUGCAAUGUCAGCCUAAGUAUGAGCAGUGAUGAUGAUACAGCACCCUGGAACUCUUGUUUCUCACCACCUGUCAGUCAGCAGCAUCACUAUCAGAAAGAAAUGAGCCCACUUUCCCAUUCCAGCCCACGGGACUGGUUAAACGUGUUCAGUCCCCCUGUCAUUCCUGGAAGCCAACAGCUAGAAGAGAACACUAAAUCUUCAGCAAAACAGAGACCUCCAGGUGAAGAUCACCCCAGUGCUGAAGAAGAUGAGGAAGUUUUGACUCUUUUGUAUGAUCCAUUUCUGAGCUGUUACUUUGACCUGAAUUCUGGGAAAUACUAUGAAUUGGCAUAGUCAGAACAUCAGAGGGUAUUAUUUUGUAUUCAUAGUAUCUUUUCACUUCUUGCAAAAUCUGACUGAGCCAUAUAAUUUAUUAUAUGACUUGAAACUUAAAUUAAACAAUAGUUUUGCAACCAAAUUAAUAUAUUUGGCAAACAGUGUCUUAUUUUUAUAGCUUUGUAUUAAAUUGUAAUGCAGUGGAAGAUCACAUAGCAUAAAAGUUCCUUGUGUCUAAGACAGUUAUUUGCUAGUCUAAUUUAUUUCCAAUA